AUGCCGGCAUCAUCGCCCAAGCCUAGUAAAUUUCCGCCAACAGCUCCCACUCCGGGUGCUUCUGGUGCCAGUUCGCUGCGCGGUGGACCGCCGCAGCCCUUGGCCCCCGCCCAGGCUGCCGCCGGCACCGGCGGCAGCCUGUUCAUACCACUCGAAGCACGACAUAAUGCGACGCUAGAUGACCUGGUUAUGAACACCGAUAACAACAUAUGCUAUGAACUCUCGCAACACUACGCCUGUGGGCACACCAGCGGUAUAAACGAACUGCUCCUGAGUAAACGGCACAUACACCAGAUCGGCUACGGGCAAGCUUGCAACGGCUGCUCCGUCGAUUAUACGCGGCGGCUAGUCCUGCCACAGAGAUGUCCCCAGUGUGCGGGCAUCGAGGAAUGCCUGUCUGUGACCAUGAAGCAUGCCUGCGGCCACCUGGCCGGCGUUCAAGUUUCCCCAGGAGCCCGUCAUGGCCGGCUGCUCGGUGCCCAGAAUGCUUGCAAUUCUUUUUGCAAGAGCAUCCAACUCGACCAGCACAUUGGCGGUGGCUGCUUACAGUGCACCUCGACUAGUUGUGCCAUGAUAUGGGAACUGUAUCAAUGUGGGCAUAGGGGCGGAGUCGCAGCCCAGCACGUGGUGGGACACCAUCACGUUCUGUAUCUGGGCAGCAGCAACGCUGCUUGCGAUGCGCGGUGCCAGUUUGAGCACAAGGACCGUAUUGUUGGCGACCACUGUGCCAAGUUCCCCAACAGUAUGACUGACCAGCAGACCGCACCGGCGUUGACGACGCGGGCGCAAGCAAAGGACUUUCGCACCCAGACCGUGACAAGGCCUGACCUCACAUUCACCACCACUUGGACGCUGGGAGGUGGCGCAGGAGAAUCGACAGAGACGCCAGCCACCACCGUCGUACCGGCCCCGAAGGCGUCGGGUCCACGCCCGGACAGCGUUGGUGCCAUCCUCAGUGCUGUCGUGGUCCUGGUUGUCGUGGUCUUGAUACUAUGGGUCUGCUGUCGACGAGGCCGCUCCCCAUCUCGACGUUCUAGGAGUUCCAGCAGCCGCCGCAGCGGAUCGAGCUACACCAGCAAAAGCAGCUCAAGCGGUUCGGGCAGAUCGGGCGGCUCGUCUCACCAAGGUGGUAGCGCUGGGUCGGUGGCAAGCGAGAUGAUAGAAGAACAGUGGGAUCAGGGUCAGCCAAUGCCCGGAAUGCCUCCUCCCGUAGCCGGAGGUUGGGCUGGUCCCCACCCAGGUCAUAUGGGCACUCCACCAGGAGCUGGUAUGGGUUUCCAAGCCGGUCCCGGUGGCCCGCCUCCGAUGUUGGCACGUGGGAACGGACCUCCGCCUGGUUUUGGAGGACCGCCGCCAAUGAUGAGCCGUGGCGGACCUCCUCCGCCUAUCUCUUGA